CCAGGGCGGGAGGAGGCAGAAGCGCCGAGGCGGCGAAGCCGGGCUCCCCUGCUCCGGCGCAGCUCCCGGGGGCGCUGCCGGGGCUCGGGGGGAACAGCCGCUCGGGGGCACCAUGCCUGGAAGCGACACCGGCCUGGCUGUGGACAGGACUUACUCGGACCCGGAGAGGCACCAGCGCUCCAAGACCCGGGUAAUGCCCCUCUCGCCGCGGGGGCUCGUCGCCCACCCGCCACUGCAGCGCCCGGCUCUUCCGUAGCAGGGGCUGCCCGGCGUCCCGGGGGGCUUGGUCCGGCCGCCCUGCGGGUCUGGGUUGGCAGUGGCUGGCCCGGGGGUUCCCGUCAGGAGCUGCGCGGCUUGGGGGCUUACAAGGCGCCUGUCAGCUUGGGAGCCGAACCCGACCGCUUCGGCCACGGUGCGGCUCCCCUCACGUUUCAGCGCCUCUCGGCCCGGAGCAGCCGCUGGGUGCCUGGGCAGAGAACGCACCUGGCCCGCUGCUCCAUCGCUCCGCGCCGGAUUGCGCUGGCGGUGGGGCACUGGUGGUGGCUGGAGGUGGAAAGACAUGACAUGAAUACUCUGAGCUUGCCACUUAACAUUCGCCGUGGGGGUUCAGAUACCAACCUCAACUUUGAUGUACCCGAUGGGAUCUUAGAAUUUCACAAAGUCAAACUUAAUGCAGAUAGCCUGAAACAAAAAAUUUUGAAAGUUACAGAACAGAUCAAAAUUGAACAAACAGCCCGUGAUGGAAAUGUGGCUGAAUAUUUAAAACUGGUGAACAGUGCAGACAAGCAGCAGGCCGGACGUAUUAAACAAGUCUUUGAGAAGAAGAACCAGAAGUCUGCUCACUCCAUUGCCCAGCUACAGAAGAAAUUGGAACAGUAUCACCGAAAGCUCAAAGACAUUGAACAAAAUGGAUCCUCCAAAAGUUCCAAAGAUAUUUCGAAAGAUAACUUGAAGGAUAUCCAUCCCCCUUUAAAAGAUGGCCAUGGCAAAUCUCGUGCCAGUGGCCAAGGUGCUGAGAGCAGCAAAUCGGGUGUGCCAGGUGUCUCCUUGACACCACCAGUGUUUGUUUUCAGCAAGUCAAGGGAGUUUGCAAACUUGAUCCGAAAUAAAUUUGGCAGUGCUGACAACAUUUCUCACCUGAAAAAUACCCUGGAUGAAUUUCGUCCAGAAACUAGUUCCAGGGCCUAUGGUGGCAGUGCUACUAUUGUGGCUAAACCAAAAUAUGUUAGUGAUGAUGAGUGCUCAAGUGGGACAUCUGGCUCUGCAGAUAGUAAUGGGAACCAUUCCUUUGGGCCUGGUGGGACAAACGCUCUGGACAGCCAAGCAAAGCUUUCCAUGAUCUUGGAGGAACUGAGAGAAAUAAAGGAGACACAGUCCCAAUUAGCUAAUGACAUAGAGAAUUUAAAAGCACAGUUUCAAAGAGACUAUGGUUUUAUUUCUCAGACAUUGCAGGAGGAAAGAUACAGGUAUGAACGAUUGGAAGACCAGCUAAACGAUCUGACAGAUCUUCAUCAGCAUGAGACUGCAAACUUGAAACAAGAGCUAGCCAGCAUAGAAGAAAGAGUGGCAUAUCAGGCCUGUGAACGGUCACGAGAUGUUCAGGAAGCCUUGGAAUCUUGCCAGACUCGGGUUUUUAAGCUGGAGUUCCAUCAGCAAGAACAGCAAGCGCUGCAGUCAGAAACUGUGAAUGCCAAAGUACUCCUAGGGAAGUGUAUAAAUGUAAUCUUGGCCUUCAUGACUGUCAUUUUAGUGUGCGUUUCUACCAUUGCAAAGUUUAUAGCUCCUAUGAUGAAGAGCCGUUUCCAUAUCAUCUGCACUUUUUUUGCAGUGACUCUGCUUGCAAUAUUUUGUAAAAAUUGGGAUCACAUUAUCUGUGCCAUAGAAAGGAUGAUCAUACCAAGAUGAAUCCAAUAGUCCGGAUCUUUCAUUUUUUUAAAGAAAUGUGUGUGUACAAACUACCAAAAUUUUUUAUUUUGCAAUUUAAACAUGCAGACUGGAUGAAGGCUAUAAAAACACUUGAAUGCUAAGGUGUAAAUACUUCAAUUUAUACUCCGUGGCAGUUAUUUGCCUAUUCAAUUAUACUGUAUGUAAUUGGCUAAAUCUAUUAUAAACUGCUCACUGGUGUAAAUCUUCUGCCUUAAUCUUACCAGCUUUCCACUUUACAAACCAGCACAUCUACAAGAGGUCAUGCUACUGGUGGUGUAAGAAACCUGAAGUGUAUUGUGUCAUUAACUAGAGUGAGGAGGAGUAGUGGUGGGAGUGCAUUAUAAUAAGCAUGUACUUGCACCAUUCCUAUUGGAUUAAUUCAGUUGUCAAGCUUCCCAUAUGAACCAGGAUAGAAUGGCUAGCUAUAUUUUACAAUAUUAGGAAAUACCAGCCAUACUUAUAGUAUUUCCUAAUGCUAGAUGAUUUAACAUCUGUGAAUUAGAAACUGGGAAGGUGCUUAAUUACAAUCCAGCACCGUUUUCUGAUGUUUCUGCCAGUAGGCCCUUACUCAGACAGAUUCUUUAAAUGUUAUAUUUUCCCAACAAUUUGAUAUGACUAGAGUCUCUUGUGAUACAGAUUAGUAAGUAUUGUAUCCUAGAGCUAUUCUUUAUCAUGUUUAGGAAAUAUAUAAAUGUAAUAACAUGCCUCCAAAUACGAUGCAGUGAAUGAAUUAUAAGAUCACAAGGAUAUCUUAGAAGAAUAAGUAAACUAGUAACCAGUGCUGAUGCCACUAUGUUGACUUCAGUACCUCUUCUGGUCAUAUUUCAAGCUUUGCAGAUUGCAAAGGGAGAGCACAUAAACAAUUGUUUAACUUCUUAACAGUCAGUUGAUAAGCUCUCCAACGAACAUAAAAUAGAUAACACUAGGCCCCAAGUUGGAGUAGGAGUUAGUAAUGCUGAAGGAAAUUGGAUGCCGAGAGGUUUUUUUGCUUCAGGGUUCCACAGGGGAUGUGCAGGGACCACCAGGUCAGCAGGGUUGGGAAAGAAUGUAAGUUUGUAUAUUAGAACUAACCGUGCAAUGUCUUUUGUGAGAAAUUCCUGAGAACAGUGUUUUAGACAUCAGACAAUAACACCACUAUGAAACAGGUAGGUUGUUUUAAAUAUAAUUUAUUUUGCCUGCUCUAGAAACUA